AUGCCGUCCUCACAAUCACCACCACCUCUUCCAGACGGCUGGAAGGCCGAGUUCGAUGACAGAUACCAGGAAUGGUACUUCGUCAACCUCCAUACUGGGAACUCACAAUGGGAAGCUCCCAAAGCGCCCGCCCGGCCUGUUUCUUCCACCGGCCCGCCUCCCACCGGCCCUCCCCCCUCGUACGCGACGGCCACGGGAGACGAUGGCAACGGCGACUACAACCGGAAGACCGGCAAGGAAGGAGGGAAAUCCCCACGUCCUGCCAGUGGGUCGUACCCGGCUCAACAGUACUACGAUUCGAACAACAACGGCAACACCAAGAACAGUAACGACUAUCGUGGCGACGGCAGAUAUGCGGCACAACAGCAGAACUACCCUUACCAGCAGCAGCAACAGCAGUACACUUCUCAGCAACAGUACCCGCCGCAGCAAUAUCAAUACCCUGCCCAGCAGUAUCAGUAUCCUCCCCAGCAAGUCCAGCAGCAGCAGCAGCCGAAGAAAAAGAAGGGCAUGUCCAGUAUGGGCGCUGCAGCGCUGGGCGUUGGCGGUGGUCUCCUGGGCGGCUUCCUCUUGACUGAGGGGAUCGAAGAUCUCACCCACGGCUUUGGAGGGCCAGGUGGGGGCUUUGGAGGAGGCCCCUUUGACGGUGGCUUCGGGGGAGGCGGGUUCGGAGGAGGCGGUUUCGAUGGAGGAUUCGGGGGGGGAGGGUUUGGUGGGUUUUAACCAUGGGUUCUCCUUUUGAUUUCCUUGCUUUCUAAUGCUGCUUUUUCAUUAUGAUUAAUGGUGUAUUAUUGACUCAUGAGUUAUGCGAGUUUUAAAUGAUAUCUGGGGACAGGCGUCAGGAACCAAUCAACACUUUUCAUCUACCCU